UAUAGGCCAAAAAUGUGUUUCAUUUUUCCAACACAAUAUUUCAUCUGUCCUUAAUCAAACACAAACCUAUCCAUUUAAAAAAUCAGCAAUGCAACAUUCUUCUCUAACAUAAAUUUCUUCAACAAUGGAACCAAAUGAUCCAUCAAGUAAAGGGAUGAAGAAAAAAUUAACAGUUGCACAAAGCAAUUUUAUCAACAAAGAGAAUGUGUUUUGCAGUAAAUCUUCAAUGAAACAAGUUAACAAGUUAUCCAGGGAGCCUUUUAGAAGUCCUCUUUCUCCAUUGAUGAAUGAUACAUCGGUGCAUCAUUCUCCAACUCAAUCAAUAAGUCCUCCAUCCAUUGGUAAAUCUGGUUGCUCACUUGCAAAGAUGAAGAGAAAACAUGCAAUGUUGCAAAGAGGGUCUAAAGAAAAAAGAAUUGAUAAAGUCAUGUGA